AAAAGAUAACUCUAAGGAUUUACAAAUCAGGCAUGGAUGGAAUACCAAAGGAACUGAAAGAAAAGCUUACAGCUUUUGAUCUUUCUCUCACAGAAGUAGAAAAGACUCUGAAGUAUUUAGUCGAUGUUCCCCAAAAUGAGUUAAACGAAAAGAUGACACCAUUAGACAAAGCAAAACUUGAUUUGACAGGAGCCUAUACCAUCAACUCAUUGUUCUGGAUGUACCUCAAUGUAUGUGGUAUAAAUCCAAAAGAACAUGCUGUGAAACAGGAACUUGAUAGGAUCAGAAGUUACAUGAAUAGGGUUAAAGACAUCCAGGACAAAGCAAAGGCUCCAAAACUGGAUAAGGGAGCAGCUAAACGAUUUGUCAAGAGUUCACUGUGGGAGGCUGCAAAGAAGCAAAUAGAGGAACAUGUAACACCAACGGAAAAUAAAGAUAAACCUAUAGUAAUAGAUGAAGAAGAGCCUGAAACAUCUGGAUUAUCCAGGAAAAGGAAAAGAGACAGUAAGACAGAUGACACUCCAGUCAAACCUUCUAAAAAGAAAAAGAAGAAAAAAGAGAAAAAAUGAACUUUGGAAAGUGAUAUUAGAAGGAAGUAAUCUGUGAUAUCGGCCACUGUAAUAUUUAUGAACAAGAAUAUUAUGUGGAACAGACUGUGAAGAUUGUAGUAUUUAAAAACUGCUAAUAAACUUCAAGAUGGCUAACAGAAGGGAAAUUACACAAUGCAAUGAUACUGUUUAUGAUGCGUUUAAAGAAAGAAAUGUUCUCUUUAUUAUAAAUGUGUAAUCAUGUAUCAUGGAAUUUAUAUUUUUAUUUUAUUUUGUAACAUGUUUAUUGUUAGGACCUAAAGGGACAUAAAAAGAAAACACAAUAACAUCUAAUGUCAACUUUGUCUGAGGCAGUUGAAGCCUUAGUUGCUUAAUUAUUUCGAAAUUUUUGAAACUUGUUUAAACAUAUAUUAUAAGAAUGUUUUCAAAGUACCAAAUAACUGACUUAUGAGCUGAUAAUACCCUUGGAGAGCAGUGCUAUUGAACUAGUGCUAAAAAAUGAAAAUAACGCUUUGUUUUUUGGGGAUCUACCUUCACAAAAUACCUUGCAAAUUUAAAGGCAAAGGAUGCUUGAAUACUAGGGGAGCUAAUGCAAUAUGACCAAAAAGGGACAUAAUGAUAGCAAAAACCAUAUAAUGUCAGCUUUGCCUGUGUUCUUAAUAAAUUCAAAAUUAUUAACAAAUAAAUCAUGUCAGUCAGGGCUCAUCACAAAGGCAUUUUUCAGAAAUACAGUCUUCCUCAUA